AAUGCAACCAAAUCUAGAGAGAAAAACAGCACCAAGAUAAUAUUAUUAACGACUAUUAAUAUUUGUGGUACUUAGCUCAAGAUUUCAUUUCAUUUUUCUCUCUACUUAGUUUCUACUCAACCAAUUAAGCUUCAAAAAACUAAAGAUGAUGCUUAGAAGUUCAUCAACACCACUCCUUGGAUCACUACUUUCUUCAUAUUCAGAGAGUCCAAAUCACAAAGACUAUGAAACCCACAACAACAACCCAAGCUCUGAUUCAUUCAUAAAGAAAAUCUCAUUCACUCAUGGUGGUAAUAGCCUCAACUUUAGCUCAUACAGUACUUGUAAUAAUAACUCUACAUCGUUAACUCGUUCUAUUAGUGGGAUUUCUGAUUCUUCAGAUACUAGUAGUAGUAAUGGGUUUAGAAGAGCUCAAUCUGAUGGGAACUUAAAAGGACUUGCUGCUGCUUCUUCUGAUAUGGAAGAUCAAGAUUUGUUUAGUCAGUUUUCAUCAAACAACAACCCGUUUAAAUCUUCCAAAAGAACUUCAAUGUUGCAGUCAAUUCCUUCAUUCUCUGUCUACAAGUCAAAAGGUGGGUUUGAAGAUGAUGAAGAAGAAGAAGAUUAUCAAGAUGAAAAGGAUGGGUCUUUACAAAGGUCUGUAACAAUUGGAGAGAAUAUUAUGUCUAUGGGUAGUGGUGAAUUUACUUUUGGUGGUGAGAAAAUGGGUUUGAUUCAAGAAAAUGAUGAAGAUAAUCAGUUUAAUGAAUUUCAGUAUCUGGGGCAAGAUAAUAUGAACCCAUCAAUGUUUCUUGCAACAGGAUUUGGAAUUGGUGUUAAUGGAGGUAGUGGUGGCGGUGGUGGUGGUGGUUUUAAUUUUGCAAAGUUUGGAGAAGGUGGUGCUGAGAAUGAUAAAGAAAUUGGAGAGUAUUAUAAGAAGAUGGUUGAAGAACAUCCUUCUAGUGCUUUGUUUCUAAGAAAUUAUGCUCAAUUUCUUUAUAAGUCCAAGGGAGAUCUUCGGGGAGCUGAUGAAUACUACUCCCGAGCAGUACUAGCAGAUCCUCGAGACGGGGAUAUCUUAGCUCAAUAUGCUAGAUUGGUUUGGGAGCUCCAUCAUGAUUAUGAAAGAGCUUCAAGCUACUUUGAGCGUGCAGUUCAAGCUGCUCCUGAGGACAGUCAUGUUCAUGCGGCAUACGCAAGUUUCCUUUGGGAAACAGAGGACUGUGAUGAAGAAGAAGAUCAACAAAGUAGCCUAUCUCACAAUUUCGUCGGGGUUGCAAAUUUCCGUGGGGGAGCUUUGACCUCGGCAACUGCUUGAUUCUAUUUAAAUACAUCUUGGAAUUCUUUAAAGCUAGAACUUAGUUUGGUUUUGUGAUAGUUAGAUUAUAAUGUGGAGCAACUUUGGUUCUUUACAUGAUGAAAAGAACAACAGUACAAACGAAUAACAGGGUCAGCACCACCAGUGUUCUUUUGCAGCAGCAAAGUGUAAGCUAGUUCUUGAAAUGGUUGCUGUAACCUUUUUACAUAAGAUUAUAUAUACUUGAAUCAAUUAAGAAAUUAUGCAGUCGAGCGACGGCAUCAAUUUAAUUGUUUA